AUGGCGGCGACGGCCAUCACCAACGCCUGCGUUCACUCCGUCCAAGUCCUCGGCAACGACUUGAGCUUUGCGUACCCGCACCUCAAGGAUCUCGACCACAUUAUCGCGCUCCUCGUCUGCGAGGAUCUCCUCAUCGACCUCGUGUCCGACCACGACGCCAAGCGAGGGAUGGACGAGGAGCUUCGACCUGCUGCCGAGCGCGACAUCAUCCAGCGUCUCAAAACAACGGCAGCGGUCGCAGCCCGCCUCGUCGACCGCGUCCUCGCGCAGUACGAAGCGCAGUCGGACCUUGCCAAUCUCAGCUGGGCAUCCCGACUGGCGCUGCCCGGCCGCCAUCGCAUUGCCUUCCGCGAUGGCCCCAACUGGGCCGAACCCGAUGCGCUCGCAUCGUCCGUGGCGGAUCUAUACCACACCUUUUUGGCCAACAUUAUGCCCGUGCUCAUGUACUACACGCAAGACUUGGCCUGCCUCAAGCUGCCACAUGAAGCCAACAUGAAGCCGCUCUGGGAACUCGUGCAGGCGUACGUAACGACCAAGAGAGUGCCGCUGCGCCAAGAUCGCCACUUGCACGAAACAAGCGAUUGCUCGUGCGACGCGCCACGUGACGGCGUGCCGGGACAACGAAGACGGCAUCCUCAUCCCGCCGCCGUCCCAAAAGAACAUUGA